CGGAGAAACCGCUGAGGGCAUUAUGUACGGCUUCUACACCAGCAAGCGGCCGCCGCUCAUCGCAGUCAAGGUGAGAUUAGAUCACACGAGAAGAGAGAGAGGGAAGUUCGCCUCACUGCGCUCACAUCACAGCGUGGUGUGGUGUGGUUUGGUGUGCUGCAAUCAGGAAGAUGAGUCUGAGCGGAGAGGAGAGGGUGGCGACAAGGCGGCAGAGCAGGCCGCCGAUGGUGGUGCCAACAGCGGCAAGAAUGACGGCGGCGAGAAGGAGGACAAUGAGAACGAAGACGACGAGGCUGCUGCCCUGUUUGAAGCACUCGCAGCCAACAGGUACCUAGAUGAAUUGACUGACUGACGCUGUGUGUGCUGUCCGCGAUGCAUUGCCUGCAGCACACAGAACACACAGACAGACAGCAGUGAGUGAUCGGUCAUUAUGGUGUUCUGUUGUGUGUGUGCAGGGGUGGUUCAUCCUCCCAUCAUGCCCACCGCGAGUCCUAUGAGUCGUCAGUCCCGGCCGAAGCGCUGACCUCCUUCGCCAGAAGAGAUGCUGGGGUAGGUGACACAAGCCGCCCACAAACCCAUACACACAGACACACACAGACACAGCACACGAGUGACACUGCUGGACUGUUGAACUCGUGUGUGUCUGUUCUGUGUGGCAUCUGUUUGCAGGAGGCGCAGGCAUCGUUUGACCACAUAUCCCUGGCCAUGUCCCACCUGCACAAGAGCACCCCCACACACCUUCUGCCAACAUUGCCAUCAGCGGCACCAUCGGCAUCGCUAUCGUCCACCAGCCGCCCGCCAUCUGCCAUGCCGCAGCACGGCUGGAGGUGGUACUUCGACGCGCUGCCAGCAUUGCUGGGCAGCAGGGCCACGAAUGCCUUCAGACAGACGUACGCUGUUGUUUGAGAGGGAGAGGGAGAGGGAGCGAAAUUUGUGUGUGUGAGGUAUGCUAUGCUUUUUGUUGUUGUGUAAGGUUGGAGGAGCUUGCGCGUGAGCUGAUGCUGCCUGACAGGCGAUUCGCGCUGCGGAUGAAGGACCACAUGGGUGGGGGGAGGGGGUCAUGCCGCAUCGCACCGCACCGCAGAGACACGCUCACACGCACACGUUAGUUAGUUGUCUACACAUCACUGGCUGCAGGUCGGCUGAUGGCCUUGUUGGGGCGGUGUGUCCGGGCCCUCCCGCGACAAGACCUCGUAAGUGAUAUAUAUCACGGCCGUGCACAGCCGUAUGCAUAGCGUAGGUGGAUGGAUGGACGAUCCCGACGGACGGACGAUGUGUGCGCGUCGUGUCGUCAGGAUCUCUUUGGCCUGGUGGUUGCCGCCUACUACAAUAUAUCACUCGACCGAGUGAGUGCAGUGCGGGAGUCACGCACGCACACAAGAAAAGUGCCCCUGCAUCCGAUGCUCAUCGUGUUCGUGUUGCCAGAGCGCCCUGGAGGACCUUUUGAAGGAUGGGGGCCAGGUGGCGCUGCUCUACCUGCUGCACCUCUCCUUCUACCUCCCAUCCGACACAAUGACCACAUCCCCAUCACUGCAUCAACAGCAGCACAGCGGCGGGCCCUCAAUCACCGUCAGCAAAGCAGCGGCGGAGGUACAGUACAGCACCACUCACUCCACCUCUCACAUCCACGCAGGCAGCCACACACACUGUCUGCUCUGCAGGAUUCCCAAGAGUUGAUGGGAUCGCCAUCGCGACAGUCGCAGGACAACGAGAGCAUGGCGGGGGCUGCUGGCGGCAUGGGUAUGCUCAAGCGGCGCAAGACCAAUCCGCUCAAGAGAGAGAGGACCGAGGGCGGCUCCUCAGCAAGCGGAUGCGACUCGCCUGAGUGAGCAAUGAGUUUCAUUCUCCUUCCCCCCAGCCCCAGCCCCAGCCCCAGCCCCACACACAGACACACUCACCCUUCCGCGUGUGUGUGUGCGUGCGUGCGUGUGUGUGUGUGUAGGCUUUACGGGAAGCAGCUGCGAUCGCCUUCCCCCGCCCCAUCUGCAUGCUCGAGUGCGUCGUCACGCUCGCCUCUACGGCACUUCCUCAAGCGCAGCAGAAGCGACAAGACCACCACCAGCAGCGGCGACAAGAGACACACACUCCCACAAUCACACCCACAUAUGGCCAUGACAAACACGAAUCCACUCGAGGUCCGCACACACACACACACACACGGCGAUCUGAUCCAUCUCUCUCUUCAUGUGUGUGUGUGCGUCAGCCGGUUCCUGAGUGUCAGCAUCAGCACCACCCCGCCCCCCCGAUGCAUCCGCGCGUCCGUGCGCUGCUGGCCAAGUGCCGCAAGCCGCGGAGGGGCGACAUGGACUUCUCAUGCGUGGGGGAGGGUGGCAGUGGCAGUGGUACGAGAGAGGUGGUCAUGAUGCUCAUGCAGACCAUUCACAGGGCGCUGCUGCAUCGGCACUACCCCGGCAGUAACACCAGGUCAGGGCGCCCAGGUGCCGCGCCCGACGAUCCACAGGGCACAGGGAGUGCAUGUGGUUCAUUCGUUUGUAUGUUCAGUCCUCACGUAUUGAUGGCCUUCAAGUUCGCCGCCUCUCUGCUGCGCCACUUCUACCCCUUUAUCGUGGACGACAUGCUCACCGCCAUAGCCACACCGCCCAUACCCGACAGCACACGUACGCACACACAUAACACAUACUUGUAAGAGAGCUACACAGACAAACAUCCACACGUGUGUGGGGCCUUCUAACUUUGCAGCAGCAGGGACCGUGAUUAGCACGCGGCUGCCCUUCUGGCUGUCUCUACUGGAGCUGGCCUCAGACAGCGACUUCAUGCACACCAAGGAGAAGCAGGACGCCAUCCACAACCAGAUGCGCACACAGACCCAGGGAGAGGGCUGGGGUGGUGGUGCCGACGAGUCCGUCUUCUCCUCCCUCCUGGACACCUACACAUACGACCCACACGCGCAUGACGGCGGGGCCAUGGCGGCGGCUGCUGGUGGUGGACGUGGUGGUGGCGGUGGCGGUGCUGGUGAUGCUGAUGCCCGAUCCCCCGCAGCUCUUUCUUCAUGUGUCAUUGAGCGAUUGCGGGGGUUCGGCAACCUGCCAUUCGCACAGGUGCGGACCCAUUCACCCACCCACACAUACACACAAGCUGACAUGUACGUCUCUCUCUCUCCCCCCACUCUCUCUCUCUCUCUCUCUUGCGUGUGUGUGUGUGUGUGGUGUGUGUGUGGAAUGCAGCUGUAUUGCAUCAUCUGGGAGGUGGUGUGCCGGUCCAGGUCCGACAGCACCACCAGCACCACCACCAGCAGCAGCAGCAGCAGUGAUGCUCACCCACUGCUCGCCCCGUGCGUCAAGAUCCUCAGCAACCUGACGAUCAAGUCGGCCAGGUGGUGCCACGCACUCAUGGCCAACAUCAACAGAAACAGAGUACUCCCACCGACACACACACAGAGAGGCCCCCUCACCCUAUGGAUGUUAUGGGCAGGUGUCCCAGGUCUUCGCGCAUCAUCGUGAGAAGGCGCGGCAGGUCCUGACUUGUGUGGUUGACGGCCCGUCCCUCGCGCAGUCGCUUGUGGGUCUGCUGGAGGGCCGCGCGGCCAUGGCUGACGUCGACCUGCGCAUCAUGCUCAUGAACUGCCUCAUCAACUUUGCUGACAGGUGGGUGUGUCUGAGGGUGAGAGAGGAUGCACACACCCCCAUGUGUGUGAGUGUGUGUGCGGGUGUUUAGGUGUGCGGCGCACCGCAGCUAUCUGCUCAACUGUCGCGUGACCACUGCGGGCGCUUUUCAAUGGAGCGGCUGGAAGGACGACAUUGAAGAACGGCCACAGCAGCGGGCCGCUGCUGCUGCUGCGGCGGCGGCGGCGGCUGCUGCUGAUGAUGGUGGUGGUUCUGAGCAGCAGCAGCAGCAGCAGCAGCAGGAUCUGCUGACGGCUCUGUGCCGCACACACACGGCCCUCUACGAAGAGCUGUGUGCCAAGGAGGACCUGAUCAUCGACGAGACGCCAUCCAAAGCGGUGGAGGAGCCGGGUGAGCGAGUGCCACCCCUGCACUGCACUGACGUGACGUAGGUGCUCAUGGGUGGUGCAGGUGAGGAGGACGACGUGUUGUCUGGUGUGGGUGUUGAUGCGGCGGGUGUGAGUGCGGCGAUGGGUGUGGGUGAGGUCAUGAUGCAGAACCACUUCACCAUGGCGUACGUGGCGCUGCUCAUCGGAUGCAUCGCACACAAAGACACACAGGUAGCAGCAGACGGCGAACCGAACCGAACCGAACCAUUGCCUGCACACCUCUCACUCGUGUGGAUGGAUGGCUGGUGGCUGCAGGUGUACAGGACCACCAUCAGUCGCCACGUCAAACCCGACACCCUGCUGCACACGCUGCGGCUUUUCGUGGUCUUCCAAGACAAGGCCGCCCUCCUGACCCUCCCACACCUGCUCGCCAUCAAGUGCGUCAUGACCUCCAUCGCAACACACAUCCAGCAAGGUGGUCACGGCGGCCAAGCGGCACACGACAGCACCAUGGAAGACACUGCACCACCACCACCACCUGGCCCACAGCCCCCACCCAUUCUCACCAGACACCAGCAGCAGCAGCAGCAGCAGGAUCCUGCCCUGCCCCUCCCACCCUCUCCCCCUCCCAAGCCCCCUCUCCGUGCGUCAUGUAAUGAAGAAAUGGCAGCAGCGGCUUGCGUGUCACAAGACGCCAACAUGAUGAUGGUGGACAGCACCGACACACCAGUGGAGGAGCAACAGCCCAACAACAAGCCAACCAACCACCUCAACCACCCCCUCCCCAGCCCACCGUCGCCCGAGGGCAAGGCCAAGUCACGCCGGCAGUCGUCACGCGACAGGCGCGCGAGCCCAUCGACAGGCGAGGGAUGGACCUCGCCCCUGCUGCCGCCUGCUGCCCCACCACCACCACCACUACCACCACGCAAGGGUGGUGGUCUGCCUGUUCCAAGCCCACCCAUUUGGGCCCAGAGGGGCAAUGUGGAUGUGAGUAUGGACGCCGGUGCUGAUGUGGAUGCGCCUCGGCUGAAGCGGCGGUCGUCGAGACAAAGGGCCGAGGGGGUGGCUGCCGUGAAUGGGUGAUGGGUUAACUGGGUGGGGUUGGCACAGGGAAGGUACACACACAUUCAUUAGGUGUAGCUGACCGAUCUCGGUUUUGCCUUUUCUGCCGAUGUAGUUGUAGCCAUGGGUGGGGAUGGGGACACACAACACACACACACACAUGGGAG